GCGUCGUCGUCGUCGUCGUCAGCGUCGGAGGCGGCGCGGCUCGUCGCCAGGAUUGCCAGCCUCGAGCGCCGCCUCAAGUCAGUCGAGCAGCCAGUGUGGGAGGUGUCCUCGGGCCCGGAGCGGUGGUCGCGCUGCACCGAGGGCCCGUGCCGCUGCCGCCCGGAGACGCUGAGCCUCAGCUGCUGGCGGAUGCAGCUGCGGGAGCUGCCGGCGCUGCAGCUGGUGCCGACCGACGCCCGCGCCAUAGACCUGGGCGUGAAUGCGCUGCCAGCGCUCCACAAGGACGCCUUCAAGGACCUCAGCCGUCUCGUCGAACUAGACCUGUUCGACAACAGCGUAGACCACCUGCCGCCUGCCAUCUUCGAGUCUCUGCACAGCGUCCGUCACAUGAGGCUGAACAGGAACCGCCUGGUGGAGCUCUCCGAGAGACUGUUCAGCAAGCUCGUCCACCUGGAGACUCUGGACCUGUCGUGGAACCAGCUGCUGUCGCUGCCGGAGAAGCUGGUGCGCUUCUGCAGCCAGCUGACGCUGCUGCACCUCAGCGGCAACCGGCUGGUCACGCUGCCGGAGGCGCUGCUGCACGGGCUGGCGCGCCUCGAGGAGCUGGACCUGUCCGCCAACAGCCUCGAGCAGCUGCCGCCGCUGCUCCUGCAAGGCCUGUCGUCGCUGCGCCGGCUGCGGCUGUCGGACAACCGCCUGUCCGAGGUGCCGCAGCAGCUGCUGUCCGGCCUGUCGGCGCUCGAGUCGCUGGCGCUGCGGCGCAACCGGCUGGCGCGGCUCGGGCCGCGGCUGCUCGCCGGCCUGCACAACCUCACCGUGCUAGACCUCACCUCCAACAGCAUCACCGCCCUGAGCGGCGAGGAGCUGCGCGGCCUGUGGUGCCUGCGCGAGCUGCACCUGGGCCAGAACCUGCUGUCGCGGCUGCCCGACGGCGCCUUCGCGCAGCUGCCGGCGCUGCAGAAGCUCUUCCUGUUCGCCAACACGCUGGAGCAGCUGUCGGCGGGCGCGCUGCGCGGCCUGCACAACCUCACCACGCUGCUGCUCAACAACAACCUGCUGCGCGGCUUCGACGGCCGCCUGCUGGCGCACUCGCCCAGCCUGCUCAAGCUGCAGAUCGACAGCAACAAGCUGCAGUACAUCCCGGCGGGCGCGCUCGACGUCGUGCCGGACCUGGUGGCCAUCAAGCUGGCCAAGAACCCCUGGCACUGCGACUGCUCCGCCCUCUACCUCGCCACGUGGCUGCGUGAUCACUCAUCCCAGGUGUGGGACGCUUGGCCAACUUGUCGUGGGCCUGGGGACCUGGGCGGUCGCAAUAUGCACGAGCUGGGCUUCGAGGAACUGUGUGAUGGCCAGUGGGCGUCCAUGGUCCGCCUAACGCCUCGCAUUCCCGUCGCCUGAUGGCGCCACCAGCGGGCCUCCGAGGAGCUGCUCACACGUUACGUCACCAUCGCCCGAUGACGUCAGGAGUGGAUCUCCGUAAAGCACCGCACACGGCACCUCCUCAUCGCUCGGUGGAGCCAUCAGCCAGCGUGUGUGGGGCGCCUCAUUCUGUGCGUCCCAGCCACCUGACAGUACCACGAAGCAGGCUUUCCGUCCAUCUCUUGGUGGUCCAGGCGGCCGCACAGCACUUGGGUCCUCUCAGCUCCUACUGAUCUACAAAGUCGUCUGUUAUAUUCUUGAACAUCCUCAAAAAAGUGCCAGAAAAAGAAAUCACAGAUAAGAAAUCUGACUGAUAUUGAUAAAGAAUCAGACUAAGACUGGAAUUUUGGUGAUGAUGAUGAUGAUGACAUGUCAGUGUCCCCGUCGAUUCAACGCAGCAGAUACGGGACAGCUGGCGGCUAGAUAUUACAAAAAAAAAAAAAAAAAUCACUAAACAGCCGCAUGUUUUCAGAAGUUGUUAUUUUAUUUACAUGACCAGUUUCGGCAUCUCAUUAGCACUCCAUGUAUAGAGAAUCAGAUACAUCGAUGCAUGCAUAAUCGGAGCCAUCAGUACCUCGAUUCCGUGGAUUCUUUGUUGUGCACACAUCGAAGAUUUGAUGACUCAAGUCUUCGAAGUAAACACUCCACAAAAACCGUUAUGCGUGCAUCAAUGUAACUAGUUCUCUACAUGUGGUGUGCAUAGGGGAGUGAAGAUCGCAUUAAUGAGAUGCAGGAUCUGCUCGUUUAAACAAAAUAGCACCUUCUGCAGACAUACGGCGGUUUGCUGAGUUUUGUUUGAUGAAUAUGUCAGUUUGGUCGCGCGACAGCAAGCUCUUUAGCGUCAGUACUAAAAUUUUGUGAGACGAGUGUAGAUAAAAAGGAAAUUAUUAAAACGUGAAGUACAGAUAUCAAAAUUAAGAACGUCCUAAAUAACACUCCCCCCCACACACACACACGCACACACACACACAUACAAACAAACAACAACAACGGGAAUCACGUUACCAGACCUAAAAUCUACAGUAGAAAGAGAAAAAGCAGUGCAAAGGGUGAAAGUUUGCAGUGCCGUUUCAGGCUGAAUAUGAUACCUUCUUUAUGUCAGCAAUUUAGGUCAGAGAGGCGUUUGAUUAAUGACUAAAAUCGGUCUGCCAAGUCGUUUCGAUCUGUUUCUGCAGUUCAUUUCUAUCUAUGUCCAUAGCUUCCUGGAAGACGCAAAUGAUCCACUCAGCAAGAAAUUUUAUACCAAGAUAGUGAGAAGAGCAUUAUGUGUUGUGCAAUGGAAAGGCUUCUAUAUCGUGUGUAGUAUAUGGUGUGGCUUUGCCUUAUUGCAAUGCAGUCAUAAGAGUUUGAUGCAGGAUUUACUGUUGGCAGCAUUUGUUAUUUCCAAUGCUUGUCGUAAAAGGCACAUGUGGUAUAACGUGUUUAACCCAUUUUUAAGACAAUUGCUCCACAUGGAACAUUGAUACAUGUACACGACUGAUCACUGCUUAAGACUGUGUGCUCUGCUACCGUUUCAUCGUCUUCAUACACAUUUUUCCUUCAUCAGAUUGCGUAUAACUAUUCACCUGCAUUAGCAAUAGUGGUGUGCACAUUCGGUUGAGACUAUUCUCCGUUGACCAGUCGCUACCGGAGUCUUGGCACUCGUUUACACAACGUGUGGGGCAGUUUGCAGGUCGGCUGUGCCAUUCACCACAUGCCUUGGGGCCGGUAAGUGGACCAUUGUGCUCUAAACUUCUCUUGCGGUACGGUUUUCCGUCCGCACCACAGCAUGUGUAAAGAACUGGCCCACGAACUGUAGAUAAUACGGCACACCAUCACCAAAGGCGUGAACGGAUAAUACUGAUGAAAGGUGAAGAACACACUAGUUUCACAAAACAUAGAGUUUAUCUAUGUCCAUAGCUUUCUUAUGGGAAACCCUGAAUUAUACAAUUGCCAAUAUAUCCGUAACAUGCAUCAAGAGAGAGCGGAAAAUUUCACAAAUUGGACGACAGUAUCAUAAUUAUUUAUGCAAAACAAAGAGAGAACUCCCACAAGAGAUCAUGUAAGUCUGCAAAUAGCUACAGUAGGGCUCAGUCCCUGUUAUUAACCAUGUAGUUCACCAAGAUCGUGGAGCAAAGGCAAAACAUUCAGAGCAACAUUUCUCUACAAAGGAAAGUGGUGUCCUCAAAAAUUUUAAGAAGGUGCCAACACAAUUACCAUUCCAAGUAUGAAUCAAGAUGCCCGAGAAGAAUGUAAUCAACGAGAACGUGAACAAACUUACUACAUGAAUUAAAGUAAUCAUAUUAUCAUUCAAUAACAAGCGACUAGGACGAUGAAAUGAAGAUCCAUGGAGUUCCUUCAAGCUGCUAGACUGAAUCCCAUCCACCUCCCAAGCAUGAUGCUAGAGUCCUUCACCGCAAACUGGUAGCUAACUUAUAAGACAGCUAACGGAUCUGUAGUAUACUUUUCCCAAGACCAGUGGCAAUAUCAGAGGCAGUCUGCCAGUCAUCUACCGUAGUUCCACAGUCGUGUUGACCACCUGCUGCGCGAUCAGAGCAUAUGUCCCUGUGAAUCUCACAAGGCGACCUGCCACCAGUCCACACCAUUUUGGUUGUACU